AGUUUUUAUUCCGUUUUCUUAGUGGAAGAAGCAGAAAGUUUCCGGACACAUUUCCGGACGUGUUUGUGCUUAGGGAUAUUGAUCAAUUUAUUAUCUUCUAUCAAAUUUUAAUUAUAUGCAAACAUGAAUUAUUAUCGUAAUGUUCCUAUUUGUGUGUUUAGCGUUAAGGUUCAGAAAUGUACAAAAUUGUGAAGACCAUCGAGCGAGGGAAGGUUUUUAUUGCGGCUUGCCCCUCUGCUUGGGAAAUAGAAGGGAAUCUGUUUUGGCCGAAUAAGAAUGUUACCAAGUACAGGCAAGAUCCAAAUUCCAUUCCUGGCAAAGAUUGGAAACUAUUCAAAUGUGUUGUUAAGACAGAAAAUAUUGCUACUUUCGAAGAAGCAUUGGUGAUUGAAAAAUCACUAAUAUCUGUUGAAACUGAAGAAGAAGCCACUGUACUUCAGAAGACCAUCAACAAGAAUUUUCCAAAGAAAAACUAUAAUUCCGAAAUACAAAGAAUUUUGAGCCAAGAAACUUCGAAAGCAAGUGCAGCUGAUUUACCGGAUUUGCCAAUCGAGAGUUGUCAACUCACUCUUAAUGCAUCUCAAACUCAAGCCGAAAACUCUGGCAGGAGUGAGAGGUGUCUCAGCAAACCUGCGGCAUCGCGAAAAGAAUAUAUGUACUCUUCCCCUUCACCCGUUUCUACUGGACAUCAGCUAUCUACAAACUCAUCUUCACCGACUUCGACUUCAUCCAAGUCAUCAAAUUCAAGCACUUGCAGCAAUUCAUCAAAGUCUCCACCAAGACCCAUUACCCAGGAACGUACACAAAGUUCACAAACUCCAGCAGUCUCAGUGGGUGUACUUUUUUGGGAAAUAAAAAGACUUGCAGAAUUUGUUUAUAAAAUGCAAGAUCACAUUAAAGGUCUGCAUGUGAAAGUUGAUCGACUUCUGGACAUUAAAGAUGGAAACUCACCUAAUACACCAACAGAAGAUGAUAUUGGAAUGGAUUUUCCGCUCAAUAACGUUAGGGAUGUCGAAAAAUUUGAGAGAAAAUUGGACGGAGCAGCAUUUAAAAAAAAAAUUGUGAGAAACUUUGUCAGGUAUGGUGGGACUUCCGGAAAAGCAUCUGGAAAAAAAGUCGCCUAUCAAUUAAUUGAUUUGCUACUUUCUCGAAAGCUUUUCACGAAAUUUUCUUGGACAGGUAAAAGCAAGAUGUCGAGCAAAAUUGCAUUCAAGAACUUUAAAAACAUCAUUCAAGUGUUUUUUGAAAUCGUUCGGAAGGCUGACGGGAAAAUGUCUAAGAAUGAUAUUGAGAAUUUUUUUAAGCUAAAGAUUUUGAAAUACAGCAAAGAAAGAGCGAACAGAAUUAAUAAGGAGACUUAAAUGUUAAAUAAUGUGAUAUGAAUGCUACUAUUAUUGGAGGCUUUAUUUUGAAUUAAUAAAAGUGAUAUGAAGUACCU